AUGCUACCAGUACUGCCAGACGACUUGCUGUUACGAUUGUUGUCGUUCUGUGAUCCAGACGAUGUAAAUAACUUUUGUUUACUCGAUAAGCGAUUGAACGAGUUUGUACAGUUCUACAGAUGGCAUCUUCCUAAAGAAAAUGCUAAUUGUUCUAUCAGAGUUGAUCAGAAUGACAAUGUCUAUAUUAAAAUGUCACCUGCUAGUCGAUUUUCUAGAACUCAACGUUGUAAAAAGUUUCUGUAGUAAGUUUAAAAAGUGAAUAUUUUAUGAUAAAGGUGCUAAACAGUAGAUUUUUGUUAGAACACAGACCUUUUGACGUAAAUCAACCUUUUCAUAUCGAAUUUCAGUUCGGCAAAGUCAAAGAAACUGGAUGUACUGUCAGGCUUUAACAUCCUCAACUUGGCUAUUACUGGUACCCAUUUUAAGACGUGUAUUGUGACACCCAGCUUCUUAUGCUGGUUACAAUCUUUUUUGUCGGUCCGAAACUUACCUCAACUACAGUAUCUUUCGUUUAAAUACCUCGACUUUUCCCAACUCAAUCAACAAACGGCUGCCAAUCUGUUCAGAGUACUCAACGAUGAUACUAAAAUCAGUAUCAAGAACUGUAUCUUCAACAGUACUUCUGAGAUUUACAAUAUUAUUCUGAAUGUUGGAAGGUACGAAUACUUUGUGGAGCACGACAAUAAUGUCAUUAACUUGGACUACAACGUUCACGAGCUGUCAAGGUUGUCGGAGUACGUGUUGGAUAGGGCUCUGACUGGAUGUUCUACAAAACUUGAUUUGGGAAGCCUGAUCGUGCCGGAUGUUGGAGUUAUUGCCAACUUUGUCAAGGUAAGAUGUCUUUCUAAUAUCAAUGUUUUUGGAGGUUUUACUUUUGGUUAAUGUUGUUUUCGUUACUUCUAAAUAUAUUUUAAGGCUAUUAUUAAGAAAAGUAAUGUAAAGUAGGAUUUUUGAUUGUGCUUUUUCUAGAAAUGGUCGAAGAUUCCGAAUCCGAACGACUUCUCUCAGCUCUCCUUCCAAUGUCUUGUUGAUCAUCUUGUUCUCGUCCGACAUCUCCUCAGCUUAUCACAUGCGAAAACAGUGCCAGGAACAAAUGUGAUAAGCGUCAACAACAAACAUGAUCCAACCUUGAUUAUCUUUGUACACAUUCAGAAGCUGUACAUUCAUAUGGGAGUAAAGUCAAUCGUUUUGGAUGACUUACGUUGA